GGCACGCAUACCAAUUCAUAUCUGUCAUGCUUUGCUGAAGUUGACACUUCCAAAUUCCAAAUGCAUCCGCACGUCGCCGUUUCAUACUAUGAGCCAAGAAUGUUCCUCUGACUCACUCUCUUGCCUCCCAUUUUCUCCUCCAGCUUAUUGGCUUCUCUCUCUCAACCCCCAUGGAUGCCAAAGCUUCAACCGUUGGUCCCUCCCAAACCGCAACCGCCCAAUCGGAGCCCAAAGGAAAGGACUUCCUCAACCAUCUCGAAGUUUACCUCGCGAAGCGAGACGGCGUCGACAAGCUCCUCAAGAUCUCUCGUUACGCUACCAAGAUCAUAUUAGCCUCCUCGGUUCUCCCGGAAACGGUCCCACUAACUCGCCAACUCAAGAGUUUCGAAUCGAGCGUCGGGCUGAGUCGGAAAGCAUUUCGGCUCGGGAAAUUCGUUCAGGACGUCAACGCUUUGAGGAACUCCCAUUUGGAUUCCAAGGAAGAGAUUCUCCUCUCGGUUAUCGCCUACGGCGGCGAGGGUUUAUACUAUUUCGUCGAACAGUUUAUUUGGUUGGCAAAAUCAGGAUUAAUCGACGCCAAACAUUCCCGCAAUUUACAAAAGAUCAGUGCUUGGGCUGAGUUGAUUGGGUACAUCGGAAGUAUUAGCCUUAAGCUUAGGGAUUUAAAGAAGAUUAAGGAAGACGAGGCGUGCUUGAAUUCGAGUAUCGAAAUCGCGAUUUCAAGAGGAGUUGGGCGUACGGAAGAAGAAGAAAGGAGGAAGAAAUUGAGAGAAAAGAAACUGAUGAAGCAACUUUCAGUUGUUCAAGAUAUUGCUGAUGGGUUAAUGGCAUUGGCUGAUAUUCGAGACGGCAAAGGAAGGUUUACGGAUCCUCUUUUGCUGUCUUGCGCCGGGCUUUUAUCCGCUCUUAUUAGUACCCAUAAAAACUGGGUUUCAUGCUAGGUAUGAUCACAGGAAACUUGCUUCACCAAUCUUUAUUAUUAUUGUUAUUAUUACAUUUAGUCAUUUACUGAAUCUUGAGAAGAAAAAACUGUGGUUCUCUCGAUUUACAUUUUCAUUUGUUAAUAAGCGUAUACACAGGCAGUGAUUGGAUAUGGAUUUGUGCUAUAAAUUCAUUGUUGAAUUAAUACAGGUGUUGUUGACCCCAAAUCCUGGUUACUGAAACUUGAUGUUUCAUAAUGAAUAUUAGUAUAUUUGUUUUGUUUGACUCA